AUGUUAAUAAAGCUUGACAUUUACACCCACGCCGGACAGGCCAGCAUACCAGAGAAUAAGAUCAACUCAAUCCUUCUGGAACAUGUGACGUCCAUAAAAUUAAUAAGCAGAUCCAAGACGCACCCGAACGCUUUCGAGAUCCGAGAGGGCGACACCCCAGUUUUGUUUUUUUCGGCUGCAACUGCCACCGAGACGCAGCUCUGGGUCUGCUUUCUGCGCGAAAUCUUCAAUCUAAACACUUCGGACAUUCCAGGUUUAUAUAAUGUUUGGAUUCGUGAAAAUGAUUACUCUAACCGUUUAAGCCUAUCCGGUGACUACUUGAUGACCAUUACGUCCACCAGCAUUAGCAUCAGUAAGGGUGAUGGUCAAGGCGAUUUCCAGUGGCCGUUAUCAUCCUUGAAAAAGUUCUACUUGAGACCAGUCGUCCCAGAAGCUAAACACAACCAUAUUUUAAUCCUCGAACCUGGCGAAUCUAUUAUGGCUAGCGGAAAUUUUAUCAUGUUUGUCACGCCAAGAGCCGAAGAAAUUCUAAUAGCUAUCCGAGCAAACAUUUCCGUCGCAAUGAAAGAAAGAUCGCGAAAUCGAACAACCUCGUCCAGCCUCUCCGCCCCACAAUACAAUCGCUAUAACAGUUUACCCCAAGGUUUAAAAUCCGACACACUCUCGCUAUGCGAUUUCCAAAGAAGUUGUUCAAUCGAGCAAGAAAGACCUAUGUCGAUGAUUGAUCAAUGUAGCAAUGAAUUGCGAGAGGCUUUGAACUUAGAUCUUUCAAUGUGUGUACCACCUCCGAAGCCAGCCCGAACCUGGGUUCACGUCCCUUCCACUCCUACAUCGGACACGCCAUCGUCUUUAGAUGAAAAUAAAGAAAUGGGCGAGGUGUUCCUUGCUGAAGAGGCACUAAUACAAAAAUGCGUUCCGCAAACCUGCGAUUCUGAAGUCCGACUUCCCGAUUGCGAUUCGGUUCGUAAGGCCGACCCAGCGAAACUGAUAACGAAACCCUGCCUAGGAGACAAGAACAACGGGCAGAAGUUUCCGUCUACGAUGCCAAACAACUGUGGGUCCAAGGAUUCGGAGGCUCUUUCGAUCACUUCAGAGACGGGAAGUUUUGAUUUUAAGCAACAACCGAAUCGAAGCAACUCAGGUGACAGUGGUAUCUCUUUAUCCAUCGACCGACAGAAGGUAAUGCCGUAUCCUAAAAAAGCAAUUCUCCAAAAUCCUGCAAUCACAGAGGCAUUAUCCAAAUCGUUAGAAUCCGAUAAGGAGUCUGACGAUUAUUCCGGUAGCCAUAUUUACUGGGAUAUCGAUCCAGAGGAAAUUAAUGUUCUGCAAACGGAUGUUCCGUCGGACAGAAACAACAUCUCUGGUUCUAGGAGCCACUCUCUCCAGAAUCUAUUACCGAAAGCCAAUGAUUACGAAGACCUUGCAGAUAUUAAAAAAAAUCAGAAAGAAAUAAAAAAUGUUCCCCCAGCUCUCCCAAAGAGACCUAAAUCGUUGGCGUUUUCAAAAGAUAAGUCUUUCCUUAAAAUGUCGAUGAAGGACCGUUUUCUGGAAUCCUUUUCUAACAUCAACCCGCAGAUCAAACAAAAGCUCAAGAACCAAAAAGGGAAUAGCGAAGCUAAUGACUUGAACAUGAUCAUCAAAGAUUUUCAGAAAUGGGCUGCGCAGAGGAAGAAGACAGACUUGAAGGAAACAGAACCUUCAGGGAUGAGACGUGCCCGUCGGGAAAGUGAUGGGACGCUCAACCCGAAAAAAGACCUAGUAAAUACAUGGCAAAGGAAGAGGCAUUUGCAUUCGUGGUCGACGUCAGACGCAUCGUCCCUGUUUUGGAACGACGAGGAAACCAAAGAAGGUGUCUUUGUUGUCGAGCGUAGAGCAGAUCCUUUGGCUUUUCUGAAAAAUGACCCAUUCAGGUUAUUAAAACACAAAACGUUCAUGCGCCAGAGCUCGUUUGAUGUUAGAAUUUCAACAAACGAUACUGAAAAUAAAGACACUUCUCCUGUUCUUAGUCCACUCGUUGUCCAUUCGUCCAAGCACAGAGAUUUCGGUUCUGGUCACUGGAGCGACGGUGACACUAAAAGUAGUGAUGGAGAAUUUGAUUUCGAAUUGUUCUCAUUGAAUCGACGCCGUAGUAUUUCUCUGGAAGGCAAACUGGAGUAUCAGGUGAUGUUAAAGCAACUGAAAAAGGAUAUAAAGAACACAGCUACUGAACAAUCUUUGGCUAACGACGUCUUUCUUCAUAAGUCUAACGAACGGUCCGGUUUGACGAUGCCAUCGGCUUUAUGUACUCCGCCAACCACACCGAUCUCGCCAAACUCUACAAAAUUAAACGGUGAUAUUUUAUCAGGCUACAUCGACAUGACCGGGCGGAUAAGAAGCAGCAGCGCGUCUGAAACUACUGCGAAACAAUCAAAGAUCGACCAAAAAAGAAAGGCAAGUUUGCUUUGA